AUGUCGAAUUAUACAAAGGGGACCGAGGAAGACAAUGGCUGGAAGUUCGCCCAGUGCUUUGGAGACAAGGGCGAGGUAGAAGAUGUCACUGAAGCUGAUAUCAUAUCUGCUGUCGAAUUCGAUGACACGGGCGACUACCUAGCUACCGGUGAUAAGGGCGGUCGUGUAGUCCUCUUUGAACGAAACGAAGGGAAAAAGGGCUGCGAGUACAAAUUCUAUACGGAAUUCCAAUCUCACGAACCUGAAUUCGACUAUCUAAAGAGUUUGGAAAUCGAAGAGAAAAUCAACAAGAUUCGUUGGUGCAAAAGACAAAACUCGGCUCACUUUCUACUCUCUACCAACGACAAGACGAUAAAACUAUGGAAGAUAUUCGAAAAAUCAAUCAAAGUAGUCUCAGAAUCGAACGCAUCAGAAGGAAUGAGUCAACACCAAAUGAAUGGGAAAAAAUCAUUAAAAUUACCCAAACUCGUCCAUCACGACAGCAUGAUUGCCGCAAUCCCUCGAAAGAUUUAUCAAAAUGCUCAUGCAUACCACAUCAACUCAAUCUCGGUAAACUCUGAUCAAGAGACCUAUCUAUCUGCCGACGACUUGAGAGUCAAUUUGUGGAAUUUAAAUGUCUCGGAUCAGAGCUUUAACAUUGUCGAUAUUAAACCUGUAAAUAUGGAAGAACUGACCGAAGUCAUCACAGCAGCAGAAUUCCAUCCAAUCCAUUGCAACCUUUUCAUGUAUAGUAGUAGUAAGGGCACAAUCAAAUUGGCAGACAUGAGGCAGUCGGCAUUGUGUGAUCGGCAUGCAAAAUUGUUUGAAGAGGAAGAAGACCCUUCAACAAAGUCAUUCUUCUCAGAAAUCAUUUCAUCCAUCUCAGAUCUCAAAUUCUCACGUAAUGGAAGGUACAUUUUAUCACGAGACUAUCUCACGGUAAAGAUUUGGGACUUGAAUAUGGAAAACAAACCAGUGCAAACCAUCCCCAUCCAUGAUCAUUUGAGAAGCAAGUUAUGUGACUUGUACGAAAAUGAUUGCAUCUUUGACAAGUUUGAAACUACCUUCUCCGGAGAUGGAACGCACGUCCUUACAGGAUCUUACAGCAACUACUUCCAUAUAUAUGAUUGUGUCAACCAACAAGACACUAUUUUACAAGCAGACAAAUCCGCAUUCAAAGCCAAGAGAGCUGGAUCAACAAAGAACAAGGGAGUCAUGCAAAAUCGCAAAACUACUAGAAAGGAGGACUUUGCGAAUGUGGAUGCUCUAGACUUCUCCAAGAAGAUUCUUCAUGCUUCAUGGCAUCCAAGGGAUGGUGUUAUAGCUUUGGCAGCAACUAACAAUCUAUUCUUGUUCAGUAAAACUUAG